GAGCAUCUUCGCGCCGCUUCUUCCCAAUGACCACCAAGAGUAUGAAGCCAUUCAUGGGAGAGUUUUCCCCUUGUUUGCACCCUUACGGACUAGCUUCGGAAUUGUGACCAUCGGAUGGCCGGGAGUUGGGAAGACUCCUCUGCUCAUCAUUCUCGCUCUGGCCAUCGGCAGGUAUCACAUCAAUCGCCUGGAACUCGAGGGAGUUUCUCCUGGGUGGAGGAGGGCCAAGGCCAUGGAUAACUUCAGGCAUCGCAAUGCACAGAUCCACGAGGGCUUGAUACUAGAUGAUCUCAACAUGGACAAAAUGGAGCCCGCGGAUGUCAAAUCGUGGCUAACUUCUGAAGAAGAUCAGAACUGUUCGGGUCGGUACACGGAUGUGAAGCUCGUCGCCAACGGCCUUCGGGCCUUAGCUGCAAACGACUUUGUACCUGAAGACGAACCACUCCCGGACAAACACCAUACCUCCAUGGAGCCAAAAGAGUUCUUCAAUCUCGUCAAGAAAUUCUUCGUAGGCUACAAGGAGGCCGACAUGAUGGCUGUUUUGAAACGUUGCAUCAUGUUCAUCUUCGGCAAGCGUGCAACCUAUCUUCGUCUGCCUUCCCAGGACUUCUACGCCAAGUACAAAGUUGGCAUCCAUGAGCCGCCUCCUACAUUCGAGGCAGACAUUGCCAAGGAGCAGGAACUCCUGCUUCAGGGCAUAGAGUCUAUGCAGACGGCCGGUCGUCCAGAAACUUACAUGGCCGAAAUCAAUCAAAAGAUUGCGGACAAGAUCGGCUCUUUGACUCGCGCAUCCACUGCAGUGCAUCUUCCUGCUUCGCCAUCCACCGACGAGGAGACCGCAGUCCCAGUUCCUUUCCCAGAAGCUCUGCCCGUGGCUUGCGUCAAUCCUCCUGGGCGAAUGGGCCAGUUCCAAUAUCCUCCUCCAAAGCGUCGCCUCACCAGCAAGACUUCCAUGACCUCCGAGAUCGGGGAGAAUUUGGAGACACCCACCCACAUUGCGGGGGGCAUGGCAUCCUCGACGAUGGAACCUCCGGCAACGGCUUGCGAUGACGAUCCUGAUGAGCAAGCAGCCCGUGACAUGCACAACUGA